GCAAAGAGUUAUGAAUUAGCGGAUCCCGAUAUAUGUAAAGAAUGGCCGAGCCAGUUUCGGAUUAGCAAAUAUCAUUUCAAUCCUGAAACAGUUGGUAAAAAUGGUUUGAUAACACACACGGAUCCUGGAUUUUUAACAAUUGUUCACGGUGAUGACAAUGUUGGUGGACUUGAGGCCAUGGACCAUUCUUCAGGAACCUAUUACCCCAUAAACACGUCACCAAACACACUUACUGUCAACCUUGGUGACAUGGCCAAGAUAUGGAGCAAUGGGAGGCUGUGCAAUGUGAAGCAUAGAGUGCAAUGCAAAGAAGCAAAAAUGAGGAUUACCAUCUCCACCUUCCUAUUAAUACCAAUGGAUGAAGUUGUUAAACCUCCAAGUGAAUUUGUGGAUCUUGAACAUCCACGUCUAUACAAGCCUAUCAGCGAUGGAGAACUAAGGAAGAUUAGGCUAAGUAACAACAUGCAUGACGGCGAAUCUUUCCAGUUUAUAACCCUCAAAUAAUUAUAAGACCUUUAUACAAUAAGGCGGUUUGUCAUACAAAUCCAAAUCUAUAUGGGUGCUGUCAUACAAAUCCAAAUCAUGAAGAUGUUUUGUUUUCCCCUAAUAAGAGUUUUUUUUUGCCAAAUUGUUUUCCCCUAAUAAGAGUU